GACGCAGGUGCAAAUAAUGCCUUCCAAGUCGCAGCCUUCAAACAUUUAUCUUCUGCUUUGGUGAGACUGAAAAAAAAAAGACUCCAUCCUGGUGCCAUGAUCAAAUUGGAGAAUUGGCGUUGCUGAAUUUCACUUAGUGGAGACAUUUAUGUUCUUGUAUAUAAGCUACAGCUUUGAAAGAAAUCGACUCAAAAAGCAUGCCGUCCCUCCAAACAGCAUUGCCUCCUGAACUUGCCAACAAUGUGAUUAGGCUUUACCGUGAAUGCCUCCGAAGAGCUAAAUUUAUUGGCCAUCGGCAACAUAAUACAGAGCUCGUUGUUGAUAUGGUGAGGCAGCAGUUCAAAAGAAACAAGUAUGAGACAGACCCAGAGAAGAUUCAGAAGUUGAAGGAUGAUGCGGCAAGGGGACUCAUAAAUCACAUAUUAUAUGAGUCCGAGAAGAUGUCUGGACGUAAAUUCACCAAGAACUCUUGAUGAUUGCCUAAAUGGCGUGCAACUAAGAUUCCGCUGGCCGUAGUAGUUGAAUUUUGUCUGCUUGAGUAAUUAAUAAAGCUAGAGACUCGACGUUAGACUAUAAUGGUUUGUGAGAUUUGAAUGAUGGUUUUGUUGAAGCUGCUCCCUAAGCAUUGGAGAAUUCAUAUCUUAACAGGGAGAAAACCUAAAAUGGUUUAUGGAAGGCAUGGCAUUACCAUGUAGGAAAAUCUGCUAAAAUUAGUUUACUGCAUCAAUGUGAUUGUUUCUCCUUUACUUUUGCCUCCUGUGAUUCUACUCACAGCUGAUUUCAAUGAACACGCAUGCUACCAAUACAGAAGAAAAUCCGAAUGCAUUUUUGUUCUUUUA